AAUUUUUAUGCUAAUUAUCCUUUUGUAAAAAAAAAACUAGUAGUCCUUGCAGUUAUCAACUUUCAUAAAUAACCAGGUUGAUAUUAUUUUUCUCAACAACAAAAAAUAAAAGGGAAAAGAAAAAGAAAAAUCUGUCUUGAGUAGGAGAAAUUUGUUGUAGGCCAAUUCCCAAAGCUACAAUCGGGCUCCGAUCAAUCGAAGAUAACGCACCCACCCAGCGGAUCAAACUGCAGUUACUGGUUCAGUGCUUCUCAGGCUCAUCGCCCCACCGCAUAGAAACUCAAAAAACCCUGGCUUCAGGGCUUAUCAGAAAGAUCCUCCCUCUAAAUUUUCCGGUCUCAUCUCUUUCAGCAAGUAAAAUGGUCAAGGAAGCGCAAUCUUUGCGCCCAUGGUUUCUGGAUUUGGUACCCCUGUUGGUGGUUCUCUUGAUAGCUGCUCAUGUCUUCGCUUUGGUUUACUGGAUUUUCAGACUAGCAACCGACAAACAGCCCCAAAGAAGAAAGGCACACUAAGCUAUACAUUACAUUGGAAAAUUGGAAAGUACUAGAUGAGAUGAGAUUCUAGUCUCUCCUGCUGUUUUAUAUUCUCAAGAAACCAAACUAUGCCUUUCUCUUUGCAGGAGGUUCUUAAUGCUGGAUUCGAUUCUAUGUAGAGACAGAUUUAUAAAAGAUUAUAAGAAGUUUUGUGAAUCCAUCAUGUAACUCAUGCUUUAUUGAACAUCAGAUUUGUUGCGUGGUCCAUGCUUAUACAUUGUUGUUCUAGAGGUUCUUGACUUUUGCCUUUCUGCUGACCAGUUGAAUUGGAUUAUCUUUGUUAGUAUGUAAGAUGUCAGUGACUAUGUGGUCACUGUUGUUCAUGUUCUUUCUGUUAGCCAAGGGACAUGAUUGUUGAAUUUCUGACCUUUCUUAUUUGGGAAUAGUGUUUUCAACAACACGAUUACAUAAAUCAUAUUGUGGGUUUUCUGUUCCAA